CUCCCACAGCAAUGAGUAUCACGGAACAAGGGACAUAACUGGAAACCACAUUUGUCGGAGCUGAAGCGAAGCGCUAAGGUGUUCAGAGCUGCAGGACACAGUGGAGGAAUUAUGGACAAAAAUGUAAGAACAACAUCUAUACGUAAUUCCAUUUGGACAUGAUUACGGACUAUCCAUUGCAAGCCUGAAGCGUCAUGGUUAAAAAGUUGUAGCCAAAAGGUGAAGCAUCUGACCAUGUUGUCCCCAGUCAAAUUUGAUGAGGGAAAUAAGAUUCAGCGCUGACUUCUCUAUGUGAACCCGUCCCUCUCCUCUCUCUCUCUCCGGCUCACCAUGAGGCUUGGAAGCAGACCCAGACCCUGCCGGCGGAUGAUGCUCUGUCUCUGGUUACUUAUCCUCGCUCUAUCCGUGGCCACACUGGCCCUCAUGGACCUGGUCUUUCGGGAUCAGACCCAGACACCGCCCAACUCGCCCCGCCGUCCCCUCCAGCGGCUCUCCGGUCCACCGGACCUGGAGGAGAUCGUGGACUCCUGGGACCGGCUCAAACAGGAGCACGAUCUCGGUCUCGCGCCGCUGAGCUCGCUGCAGGAGGACCAGCUUCUCUUCGUGCCCUCAACCCAGAUGAGGGACCCAGCUCCGCCGCCGAGGAAGGGGAGUUACCGGGUGGUUAUAUCGAGCGCCAAGAAGGAAUCAGCGGUCCCGGUGCUACCGACGCACGGGGAUAUGGGGAGACCGGUGCGGCUGAAGCUGGAGGGGCUAGAGAGGGACAUGGAGAAGUCUGCUCUGCAGACAUACGGCUUCAACGAAGUGGUGAGCGAACGGAUCUCACUGCACCGCAGAUUGCCCGAGGCUCGCCAUCCUUCGUAAGUGCCCUGCAUGUGCCCAAGGAGCGCACCACGCCAAAAGGGCUCUUCAGCAAUGUAUCCAAAAUAACUAGAUACAGUCGAAAAGAGCUAUCAAUGACAAAUAUGUAGUCUAUCUUCAAGAUCUCACUAACUACGAAAUAUGGUAUAUUGUUUAGUAAAGCUAAUGGGUUCGUGCGUAAUUACUCGUGCGUCUAUCCUCCUGUCAAUCAAUGGGAAUGCUUUGACAGGUGCCUCGUUGAGCGUUACAGUGAGUCGCUGCCGUCCGCGAGCGUGGUGAUAUGUUUCCAUGACGAGGCUUGGUCCACGCUCCUCCGCACCGUGCACAGCGUGCUCGACACUGCGCCAAAGGAGCACCUGCGCGAGGUCCUGCUCGUAGACGACCUCAGUCAGCAUGGUGCGUGAAGAAGACAGUGCUCAAACAAUAGGCACGAGGUGUAUCUAAUUAGUCUAAAGUACCACUACAACAUAACUGCAUAUCAGACGAAACUUGUUCACUCUACUCCCACCAUAUUAAACUAUUUUAUAGUGGCAGAUUCUGAAUAGACCCCUAGCCCCCAAGUGCCCCAAACCCUUUGCACUUGUCUGAAAGGAUAAAUCUUAGCAAUAUGACCAAACGUCCACCUAUUCCACCUAUAAUCUGAGUGGCGCUAUGCCCAUGUUAUUACUGUACACAUCCAUCCCUGGGGUUAAUUUGGAAUUGGGCAUUUGUGUCUGACCCUGCCUCCCCUAUCUGUAGGUCACCUGACCCUGACCCAGCCUCCCUUAUCUGUAGGUCACCUGAAGAGUGUGCUGAGUGAGUAUGUGUCGCGACUGGAAGGGGUGCGUCUGGUCCGCAGCACGUGGCGUCUGGGCGUGGCAGGGUGUCGCUCUCUGGGUGCAGCCAGAGCUGUGGGGGAGGCACUGGUCUUCAUGGACUCACACUGCGAGUGCCACAGGGGCUGGCUGGAACCGCUAUUGGAGAGAGUGGCACAGGACAGGUACACAAACCAGGCUACACACACACAUACACACAAUGGCACAAUGUAUGUCUGUGUUUGUGUGAAUCUGUCUCUGUGUAUUAUAUCCAAUCCUUAAUUGCCUCCGGACCAUGGUAGCUUGCUUGCUGAGCUGUGUCCAGCAGGGUAGCAGCCAUUUAGACUAGUUGAUUAAACAGAGUCCUUAUCUUGCCGCCUGGCGCUACUCCAGCUCUCUCUCUCUCUCUCUCUCUCUCUCUCUCUCUCUCUCUCUCUCUCUCUCUCUCUCUCUCUCUCUCUCUCUCUCUCUCCAAUUAAUUUCAAUUUCAAUUUUUAGGGCUUUAUUGGCAUGGGAAACUGUAUGUUAACAUUGCCAAAGCAAGUGAAGUAGAUAGUAAACAAAAGUGAAAUAAACAAUAAAUAUUAACAGUAAACAUUACACUCAGAAGUUCCAAAAGAAUAAAGACAUUUCAAAUGUCAUAUUAUGUAUAUAUACAGUGUUGUAAUAAUGUGCAAAUAGAAUAAAGUACAAAUGGGAAAAUAAAUUAACAUAAAUAUGGGUUGUAUUUACAAUGGUGUUUGUUCUUCACUGGUUGCCCUUUUCUUGUGGCAACAGGUCACAAAUCUUGCUGAUGUGAUGGCACACUGUGGUUUCUCACCCAGUAGAUAAGGGAGUUUAUCAAAAUUGGAUUUGUUUUUGAAUUCUUUGUGGAUCUCUGUAAUCUGAGGGAAAUAUGUCUCUCUAAUAUGGUCAUACAUUUGGCAGGAGGUUAGGAAGUGCAGCUCAGUUUCCACCUCAUUUUGUGGGCAGUGUGCACAUAGCCUGUCUUCUCUUGAGAGCCAGGUCUGCCUACGGCAGCCUUUCUCAAUAGCAAGGCUAUGCUCACUGAGUCUGUACAUCGUCAAAGCUAUCCUUAAGUUUGGGUCGGUCACAGUGGUCAGGUAUUCUGCCACUGUGUACUCUCUGUUUAGGGCCAAAUAGCAUUCUAGUUUGCUGUGUUUUUUGUUAAUUCUUACCAAUGUGUCAAGUAAUUCUCUUUUUGUUUUCUCAUGAUUUGGUUGGGUCUCUCUCUCUCUCUCUCUCUCUCAAUCAAUCAAACCCAUUAAUUCCCUUCCUGACUCCCUGCUCUACUUCCAUGGUGUUUUUAGAAAUGAUAGGUUAUUGAAGAAAAAUAAAAAAAAUCGAUCAAUCUGUCUGCAGAUUUACAUCCAUCUAAUAACAUUUUAGGUUUUUGUUUUAAUCUUCAUUGCGAGAAAAUGUAUCUGAUCUAGUUAUAGGAGUUAUAUGAGUUUCCUCUGUGCCCAGUGUCGAUCUCCUCCCAUCCCCAGGACCAGAGUGGUGUCCCCCAUCAUAGACGUGAUAGACUGGCAGACGUUCGGGUACAACGCCGCCCAGUGGCCACACAGGGGAGUGUUUGACUGGAGACUGGACUUCAACUGGGAAACCCUGUCCCAACAGGAAAAGCAGAAAAACGAGGAUUCACCAGUGGAGCCUGUCCAGUAAAUAUAGUCUGACCUCUGGAAUACUACAGUGAAGUACAUAGAUUACAGACAUGUCCAGCUCAAAAUCGACCCCUAGUAGUAUCUAUCCCUGACUACUCUUUUGAUAUUUCCUCUCCUUUCAUUGUCCUAUAGGAGUCCGGCGUUGGUGGGCGGGGUCUUAGCGAUUGACAGACACUUCUUCCAGAGCGUGGGAGGUUAUGACCCGGGCAUGCUGUUCUGGGGGGCGGAGCAUAUGGAGUUGUCGAUCAGGGUAAAGAAGGGAGGUUAUGACGAUUGAGUUGUAAUAAGAACUGGAGAUUUCGUCCUCAAUGUCCGACCGUUGUUUUCAACGUAAUCUACUAACGUUUGCAUUCGCCGAUUCACGGACCGGCUAUAUCCGGGUUGCAUAUGGCCCAACUUCACAUGCGCACUAGCACUCAGUGCGCAUGGAGCAGCUCCAGCAGUGAAGACGUCAUCACGUCAUCCAAAAACAUGCCAGACAUUGGAUGAAUAUAGAAUGUUAAAUAUCUUGGGAUGUGAGUGAUGGGGGAAAAAAUAGUCCUCAGUGACAAUUAUUUGAAUAAUUCAAUGGAUGUUUUGUGCACAAUGAUGAUGACUAAGGGCUCUGAAGCGUUACAGGUUCCGCAAUAGAAAUGUAAGGUAAUUUUGCCGAUUGAGACGACAUAUGCAGCGUUUACCGUGAAUACAAUCUCCGCUAAAGCGGGAUCAUUGCCUUUAAAUUUUAAUCCGGCUGUAAAGCUGAACUUCCGCAAUGCGGAUUGAAUAGUGCCCUAAAGUGUAUGGAGCUGUCCAUCAGGGUAAAGCGGGGAGGUUAUAUAUGGAAUGCUAAAGGCUGAUUGGUGACAGAAUGUCUCACUAGGAGGAUUAUGUAGCAUGUUACAUAUGGCCCUGGUCAAUAGAAGUGCACUAGCGAAUAGGGUGCCGUUAAGCAAUUUUUAUGUACAUCAUGGAAUGUUCGAAUGUUUCAUUGAAAUGUUGGUUUAGAAUGAUGAGCAAAAAUAGGAAUAGGAUCGCAGUGUACUGUUGGUUGAUAAUGUAUAUGCAGACAGGUGUCAGUGAAUGGGAAAGCUUUUGUGACCCUAGCAAUUUAAGAUUUCCACAUACAUCUUCAUUUGAAGGACAUUUUGACACUGUAGCAAAAGUCAUGGAGUCUGAGUGGAGACACACCUGUCUGUGUCUGUAGAGCUUAGAUAUGCUGAUGAUACUGAAAGGCUUCUGUGGAUUGGGCUGCUCAUCUGGGUAAAGUCAUAUUCCAACAAAGAAAAGGUGAUGGCAUCUCCCUGUCUUUGUCUGUCUGUUUGUCCCGGUCCAGGUGUGGUUGUGUGGGGGCUCCAUGGAGGUGGUCCCCUGCUCCAGAGUGGCUCACCUGGGGCGCCAUCACCAGCCCUAUCCCCUCCCUGACCAGGACGUCCUCCAGAGGAACAAGAUCCGCAUCGCUGACACCUGGCUGGACGCCUUCAGGAAGAUCUACUAUAAGAGAGAUACGCUGGCUCACUUCAUCAGGCAGGUAGGGUGUGUGUAUGCAUGCAUUUAUAUCUAUAGGCGUGUGUGUGUGUGUGUGUGUGUGUGUACUGAGUGUACAAAACAUUAGGAACACCUUCCUAAUAUUGAGUUGCACCACCUUUUGCUCUCAGAACAGCCUUAAUUCAUCAGGGCAUGGACUACAGGGAUGCUUCCCACAGUUGUGUCAAGUUGGCUGGAUGUCCUUUGGGUGGUGGACCAUUCUUGAUACACACUGGAAACUGUUGAGUGUGAAAAACCCAGCAGCGUUGCAGUUCUUGACACAAACAGGUGCACCUGGAACCUACUACCAUACCCUGUUCAAAGGCACUUAAAUAUUUUGUCUUGCCCAUUCACCCUCUGAAUGGCACACAUACACAAUACAUGUCUCAAGGCUUAAAAAUCCUUCUUUAACCUGUCUCCUCCCCUUAAUCUGCACUGAUUGAAGUGGAUUUAACUGGUGACAUCAAUAAGGGAUCAUAGCUUUCACCUGGUCAGUCUGUCGUGGAAAGAGCAGGUGUUCUUAAUGUGUGUAAAAUCAGUGUGUGUGUGUGCGCACAUGUCUGUAUGUGUGUGAGAAAGAGAUUGGCAUUGAUCUCAAAUGAAUGUGUGUGUGUCCUGUUCCAUGUGUAGUCUGAGAGUCCUAACAUUACAGAGCUGGUCAGACUGAAGAAGAGACUGGGCUGCCGAAACUUCCACUGGUUCCUGACUAACAUCUACCCAGACCUCUAUAUACCCCAGGACAGACCUUCACUCUCAGGGGAGGUAUGACUCACCCCCAUACACACACUUGUAUAGCCAUUAUAUUUUUAUCCUUAUACAUUCACUAAUAUGUUGUGUUAUUCUUGUGCUGUAUGUUGAACAUGAAUGUAUCAUGUAACAUAUUGUGCCUGUAUGUUUGAAGCUGUACAAUGUUGGCACUGGCUAUUGUGCGGAUUACCCUGGAGGACGGGGUCCACAGGGCGGCACUAUGGACAUAGCACCCUGCAGUGGCAAUGGAUACCAGGUAACCAUGACAACAACAACAACAAUAACGACGGUGAUGACAAUGGUGAUGAUGAUGAUAUUCGAGACAGUGAGAGCAGAUCCUAAAUUAAAAGAUCAUGAUGCUGAUGUAGUGAUGAAGACUAAAGUUUUACUCCCCUGUCUGUUCUUUCUUCAGCACUGUGAGCUGAACUCCAUGGGAGAGGUGCGGUGGGGCCCAGCGGGGCGGCUGUGUUUCGACGCCCAAGGGGAGAGGGUGGUACUAACACCCUGCCCCGCCCAUCAGCCGCCCCGCAGCAAACCACAGUGGAGGGUCAUCAAGGUCAGUGAAGGGGCAAAGGUCAUGCAUGCAAACUUCUACAAAAUAAACAAACAAAAAAGAAUAAUAUAGCUGUAUGAAAUGUUACUUAUUUAGGUGUUUGUAAUUUGACACAGAUACAAUAAUAAUACAGACAAUUAAUAAUUUAUAGAUUUGUUUCUUCAGCUGAGUGGCCAGGUGGUUCACCUGCAGACCCAGAGAUGUCUGGAAGCUGUGAAGGAGGAGGGGGGUGAGCAGCAGAGGGCCACGGGAGGUCACCAGAGAGGGGCCAACGCUACCCAGAGGGGUCUGUUCCUGCGCCCCUGCGCCCAUCAGCCCCGGCAACAGUGGCACUUCGAGCAGCUAGUUGUCCCUAAAGGGGCCUGAGACUGUCUUGAAGUACAGUUUACAGUACAUUGCCUAAAGGCACAUAAUAAAAGUGCAUGUUGUAAGGAGCCAGUUUCAUAAGUGGGUCUCUAUGGGCAAGAGGUUUAAGGCUAAAUGCAAUCAUUCAAUAGCAAUGCUGAUGUGGCUAUACUGUAUGUCUGUAUACUCUUUGCAAUGGCUUGUCGAAUCAGCAUCUUGCCUGUAUUUAGAUUAUUUUGUUUUAAGGACAUAUAAUGCAAGUUCUAUGGUGUGGACAUAAUUUAACCAUAAAUCACAGAGGGAAUAAGCUGUAUGAUUUUGUAUGAUGCUGCACAUAAAGGAAUAUUCUAUAUUAUGAAAUUGCCAGAUUUUGUUGGCAAAUAGUCUAUAAUGUAGGCUUAAUGGUGACUGAAUAAUUUAGAAUAAUUUAGUAGUAGUGUAAACAAUCAAGAUUUUUCAUCCUGAAUAAAAUAUCUAACGGAAGUAUCAAUA